UGUGAGUGUAGUGAAGAAUAUAGAAAUAAAGCAGCAAUAGAAAGCAGUCAUUCGCAGUUAUUGGAGUGGAAAAGGAGAUUUACCUAAGGAUCUCAAGCAUUCCAUAUAGCAUACCAUAAUCUAAAAAAAAAAAGAGCCCAAGCUGACGCUAGCAACAACAACUGCAAGAAUUAUAGUUUGAAAUUUCAAAAAUAGAUUUUUCAAAAUACAAAAAUGUAAUUUAAUACUUUAUCGGCGAAACCAUAAUAAAAUAACUUCAAAAACAUUUUUUAAAUUGCUUUAAACACAACAAAAUGUUGAACUAGACACAAAAAUCAAACAGGAACUAGUUUCCUGUCUCAGUACCAGAAAACAAGUCGCUUCACAACGACUUAAACUACAGAAUAAGAGAAAAGAAAAAUUCAUGCGAUUUUCAAACACAAAAUAUAUAAAAGAAUAUUUUUCGCUUAAUCAUUUGGACUAGUGGCAUAUAUACAAAAUGACGAAAAAGUACGAGUUCGAUUGGAUCAUACCGGUGCCGGAGGAGCUGACCACCGGUUGUGUUUUCGAUCGUUGGUUCGAGAAUGAAAAGGAAACGAAAGAGAAUGAUUUUGAGAAAGAUGCUAUGUUUAAAGUGGAUGAAUAUGGAUUCUUUUUAUAUUGGAAAAGCGAUGGCAGGGAAGGCGACGUCAUCGAAUUGUGUCAAGUUAGUGAUAUAAGAGCGGGCGGUGUGCCGAAGGAUCCGAAAAUUCUCGAUAAAGUGACAAAAAAGAAUGGCACGGAUUUGGUAGCGCUGGAUAAACGUUCACUGACAAUAUGUUCGAAUACAGAUUAUAUAAAUAUAACAUAUCAUCAUGUUAUUUGUCCGGAUGCAGCAGCGGCUAAGCGUUGGCAAGAAGGUCUGCGCUAUAUAACACAUAAUAAUAAGGCAACCAAUGUAUGCCCGAGAACUAAUUUAAUGAAACAUUGGAUGCGCUUAUGUUUCUCCGUGGAAAAAGGUGGGAAAAUUCCUAUAAAAGUGGUGGCGAAAACUUUUGCGUCCGGCAAAACGGAAAAGUUGGUAUAUCAAUGUUUCAAGGAAGUGGGCCUGCCGGAUGAUAAGAGCGCCACGAUGACUAAAGAAGAGUUUACAUUCGAUAAGUUUUAUGCGCUCUACCACAAGGUGUGCCCACGUAACGAUAUUGAGGAACUUUUCACAUCCAUCACUAAGGGUAAAUCGGAAGUCAUUUCGAUGGCGCAAUUUGUGCAGUUCAUGAAUGAGAAGCAACGUGAUCCACGUAUGAAUGAAAUUUUAUAUCCUCUCUACGAUGAGAAACGUUGUACGGAGAUCAUCAACGAUUAUGAAUUGGAUGAGGAGAAGAAGAAGGCUGGUCAAAUGUCUAUGGACGGUUUUAAGCGUUAUCUCAUGUCCGACGAAAAUGCACCUGUAUUCUUGGAUCGUCUGGAAAUGUAUAUGGAAAUGGAUCAUCCAUUGGCGCACUACUAUAUUAAUAGCUCACAUAAUACUUAUUUGUCGGGUCGACAAAUUGGUGGUAAGAGUUCGGUAGAAAUGUAUCGACAGACGCUAUUGGCAGGUUGUAGAUGCGUCGAAUUGGACUGUUGGAAUGGCAAAGGUGAAGAUGAAGAGCCCAUCGUUACGCACGGUCAUGCCUACUGUACUGAAAUACUGUUCAAAGAUUGCAUUCAAGCCAUCGCCGAUUGUGCAUUUGUCUCCUCUGAGUAUCCUGUCAUAUUAUCUUUCGAGAAUCACUGCAAUCGUGCGCAGCAAUAUAAAUUAGCUAAAUACUGUGAUGACUUCUUCGGUGAAUUACUACUAAAAGAACCGUUACCCGAGCAUCCGCUCGAUCCCGGUUUGCCUCUCCCACCGCCUAAUAAAUUGAAACGUAAAAUUCUUAUCAAGAAUAAACGCAUGAAACCGGAAGUUGAAAAGGUCGAAUUGGAGCUCUGGUUAAAGGGUGAGCUGAAGACAGACGACGAUCCGGAGGAAGAUGCGAGCGCUAAGCCACCAGAAGCUGCACCACCACCAGAGGCUGCUGCAGCACCACCAGCUGGCGAGCCUGGCGCUGAGGGCGCACCGGCUGAGGGUGAAGCGGCAGCGGUCAAUUAUAGCGGCUCCACGACGAAUGUACAUCCCUGGCUGUCGUCGAUGGUCAAUUAUGCGCAGCCUAUUAAAUUUCAGGGCUUUGAUAAAGCCAUUGAGAAAAACAUUGCUCACAACAUGUCGUCGUUCGCCGAAGCGGCGGGUAUGAACUAUUUGAAGCAGAGCUCUAUCGACUUUGUCAAUUAUAACAAACGUCAAAUGUCGCGUAUUUACCCGAAGGGCACACGCGCCGAUUCUUCCAACUAUAUGCCGCAAGUGUUCUGGAACGCUGGCUGUCAGAUGGUGUCACUCAAUUUCCAAACCUCAGAUUUGCCUAUGCAAUUGAAUCAGGGUAAAUUCGAAUAUAACGGUGGCUGUGGCUAUCUCCUCAAACCGGAUUUUAUGCGUCGUUCUGACAAGGAUUUCGAUCCAUUUGCCGAUGCACCAGUAGACGGUGUCAUUGCUGCGCAGUGCUCAGUGAAAAUUAUCGCCGGUCAAUUCUUGUCAGAUAAAAAGGUCGGCACAUAUGUCGAAGUGGAUAUGUUCGGUUUACCUUCGGACACUGUGAAGAAAGAAUUUCGUACACGUUUGGUGCCUAACAACGGUUUAAAUCCAGUUUAUAAUGAGGAUGCGUUUGUCUUUCGUAAAGUGGUACUACCCGAUUUGGCUGUGUUACGUUUCGGCGUCUAUGAAGAGAGUGGCAAAAUGAUCGGACAACGUAUAUUGCCUUUGGAUGGUCUACAAGCUGGCUAUCGUCACGUCUCACUACGUACCGAAGCCAAUUUCCCCAUGUCAUUGCCUAUGCUUUUCGUCAACAUCGAAUUAAAGAUUUAUGUACCUGAUGGCUUUGAAGAUUUCAUGGCUAUGCUGUCGGAUCCAAGAGGAUUUGCAGGCGCUGCAGCAAAACAAAAUGAACAAAUGAAAGCGCUUGGCAUCGAGGAACAGAGCGGCGGUGCAGCCCGCGAUGCAGGCAAAGCUAAAGAGGAAGAAAAGAAGGAACCACCAUUAGUAUUCGAACCAGUAACAUUGGAAUCACUUCGUGGUGAAAAGGGAUUCCAGAAGGUGGCCAAAAAGCAAAACAAAGAAUUAGAUACGUUGAAGAAGAAACAUACAAAGGAGCGUAUGACAAUGCAGAAAAAUCAGAAUGCAGCUAUUGAUCGACUUAUUAAGGGCAAGAGCAAAGAUGAAAUACGCAAUGAUUCGACGAUCAAGAAUGCAAUCACUGAACAGACGCAGCAGUGGACCGAAAUGAUUGCUAAACACAAGAAAGAGGAAUGGGACAUGUUGCGUCAACAUGUGCAGGACUCUCAAGAAGCGAUGAAAGCAUUGAUGUUGACUGUACAGGCGCAACAGGUCAAACAGCUGGAGGAUAGACAUGCGCGUGAUAUUAAAGACUUGAAUGCCAAACAAGCGAAAACUUCUGCUGAUACCGCUAAAGAGGUACAAAAUGAUAAAACGUUGAAGACGAAAAAUGAAAAGGAUCGACGAUUGCGUGAAAAGCGACAGAAUAAUAUUAAGCGUUUUAUGGAGGAGAAAAAGCAAAUCGGCGUUAAACAGGGACGUGCUAUGGAGAAACUUAAAGUGGCACAUGGCAAACAAGUCGAGGAAUUUAGUACAGAUGUACAAAAGCUGCUCGACAUGUACAAAAUGGAGGAGGAGGCCUAUAAAAUACAAGGCAAAUCAGAAUUCUAUGCCUAGAAUUCAUCAAUACAGGAACAAGAACCAGUUUUAUAAUACUUGGCGCUUAUGGAAAAUGUUGAAUUGGGGAAGGAGGAAUAAAAAAACGCUUACAGUGUAAGCCGCUCUGGCAGACAUGUAGCGAUGUCAUGAAGACGACGAUACUGGCAAAUAGGCUGCACUUUUUAAAAGGUUAAAAUGCAAUCGAAAUAAUAAGUAUUUAAUAUUUAGUUAAUUAAGUGUAUAAAAAAGUAUAACUAAGCUAUAAAGAGAAACCACAUACAUACAUAUGAAUGUACGUUAGAACGCAAAUCUAUGUAAAAUCUUUCAAAGCGAAUAUUGAAGUAAAAAUAAUAUUUAAUAGUGAAAUAACGUGAAAUUACUAUACAUACAUUACUAUUCAAAGAGAAGUAAUAUAUAAAAACACGCUAUAUAUAUACAUAAAUAAUAUUAAAAUAAUUUAAGCGUUAAUUAAAACAUUUUAAAUAAAAUUGUUACUAAACUUGAAAAGUAUUUAAGUGAAGCAUAAAAUUAAAUCUUUAUCUAAACAAAGCAAACUCAAGAAACUCUUUAAAAACAAACAGAGUUGAAAGUUUAACACCGAUUACAAGUCUAAGCCAAAAUUAUCUAAAAAAAACAAGAAAUGAAACUAAAUAUGUAUUUAGAUAAUUAGCAAACUGUUUUUCCUUAGAAUUCGCUAGCUAUGUUAUAUACAGCUCUAUAGGCUCUAUGAAACUAAACUCAACGUAAACAAUUCAAAGGUACAUUAACAACAACAAAAUACGAUAAUAAGAAAAUUUCAAAGCAAUUGUUUACAGCAUUAAUUACAAACAUACAUACUUAAAAGUACAGUUUCUAAAAUAAAAAGAAAUUCUAAACAAAAGUUAUUAUUAAAAAAUGAAACACACUUAACAAAAGGUAGUAAAUAAAUACUAAAGAAAAUAUAAUUAAUUAUAAUUACUAAAAAAAAAACACCCAAACAAUAUUUAGCUAUAAACAAAACUCCAUAAAAACAUUAUACGAAACACAAAAGUGUAAAGUCAGUAUUUCCAAUAACCAAAUAAACCAAAAAAUAAAAAAUACCUUAAUGUGUACUAGUUACAUACAUACAAACUAUACCUAGUAACUUGAGUUUCCGCCUCUCCACCUAUUUACUCAAUUAGUAUACCUACAUAUUAUUAAUGUUUAUAAACAAUAUGAGAUUUUUUAGUACAUAAUAAAUAGAAAAACACACCAAAACAUGAAAAAAUCGUAUGCCAAAAUUUAAUAAAAAAAAAAUAACAAUAAAAGUUGCAAUACUAAAGAGAUUGAAGAAUUGGAGAAAAUUGUUAAGUGAUGAAUUUGGUGUGUGACAAAUUUGGAAAACGGAAGUCAAGUUCAGAUAAACAGCAACACAUAAAUGGCUUAGAAAGUGAUAACAGUAAAACAACUAAAGCAGCUGUUGGUAAUGGCUUUAAAACCAGCUAAUAUCAUUUCAAACAACAAAAAAAAUCAUAUAAAAAUAGACAGCCAACAGUUAUUAACUAAAGCUCAGUUACUGUCGUACACUAUUUACUUACUUAAACUAUAAGCAAAAAGAAAAAAACUCAUUCUAGUAAAAUUUCAACGGAAUUGAAUAUCCAACCAGCAAAAUAAGUGACAUUUUUUUAACUGAAAGCAGUGCUAAACAGUUGGUUAAAAGGUUGGGUUAAUACAAAAAAUAAGAAUAAUAUGUUUUGCAAACAACUCACACUUACAAUGUACAACUUUUUUCUAAUUUUUUUUUUAAUUUAAUUUUUUUUUUUUUGCACUAUCCUUAUGCUGUAUUUCAAUAUUUUGAAGCGGUAAAUUUUCUAGUUGUCCAUAAUAUGCAAGAUGCUUUGUAAUAAUACACACCACUUUAUAAACUUAUGUUUAACUCGCAAAUAAUAAACAGCGCAUAUUUGCAAAUAUUAAAGCGCUAAUAGUAAUUUAUAAAUGGUAUAAAAAACUUUGAUCUCAAUAUCUUGCAUAAUCUUGCCGUUUUACAGCGAUAUUUUUUCACUUCUGGGUUUAAUAUACAUACAUAUGUGUACAUUUUAACAGAAUCACUUAGAACAAUUAGCAUUUCCCUGAACAGCACUACCACAUAAGCGAAAUGCAAGCAAAUAGUGUUUAUCUGCAAAAUAUCGCUUGCAAACAAAAGAAAACUAUUUUUAAAUUUCGCUUUUGCAUUAACGCCGCACUCAUUAUAAACACGUGCUUGAUAUGACAGCUGUGCUCAACUAUUUCCUUUUCCUAAAUGAACCUUCUCCACAUGUAGUUGGUAACGCGCUCAGCACUAGGCAGCCAUGUUGCAUUGGCACUUAUUCGAAUUUCAAUUAUUAUUUCAAGUUGAUUUACAAAAAAAAAAAA